CUCAUUUGGAAAGUCGAGCAUGUAAAGGAACAACAAGGCUGGUAGAACAAAGCUGGACAGAGUCUCCACAGGUUGACGGCACUGACUUUAUAAGAAUCACGUCCCUUUGAUAAGAAGUGGUGUUCACGUUUUACGCGACACCUGCUGGUGGAAUCCCUCAAUCUCUUGAGGACCAAAACUCCAACUGACCAGACACCAUGGCUCAUUACGACUCGGAGGAUGAGAAGGACUCUGUGGAUAUUCAUGACAACCCCCCGCUCCCUGAUAACGUGGUGAAAGAGGAGGACCACACGCUCUACUUCAUCUACGAGGAGGAGGUGGAAGAGGAAGUGAAAGAUGAACCUCCUCCACCGGAACCAGUCAAACCAGUGAACGACAGACCUCACAAGUUCAAAGACCACUACUGCAAAAAACCCAAGUUUUGUGACGUCUGCGCGAGAAUGAUCGUUUUGAACAAUAAGUUUGCAUUGCGAUGCAAAAACUGCAAAACCAGCAUCCACCACCAGUGUCAGUCCUACGUGGAGCUCCAGAGGUGUUUUGGCAAAAUUCCUCCAGGAUUCAGGAGAGCGUACAGUUCUCCUCUGUACAGCAGCCAGCAGAACGCCACAGUCUCCCAGCUGCUGCCCUUCUCGCAGUCGAACCGCACCGACCCCGUGUUCGAGACGCUGCGGGUCGGAGUGAUCAUGGCCAACAAGGAGAGGAAGAAAGGCUCCGAGGACAAGAAGGCAAGAAUGAUGAUGAUGAUGAUGGAGGAAGAUGAGUCCCAGCCCAAGCAGGAGGAGGAGGGAGGUGAAGGAGAAAACACGGAAGGAGACAAAAGAGGCGACAAAGCUCCUGCAGAUGAAAAGGGUAAAAAACCUCAGCCGGGGAAGAUCGGGGUGUUCAGUCAGUCUCACUAUUACCUGGCUCUGUAUCGCUUCAAGGCCGUGGAGAAGGACGACCUGGAUGUGCAUGCUGGGGACCGCAUCACUGUGACAGAUGACUCCAACGAGGAGUGGUGGAGGGGGAAGAUCGGAGUGAGAUCCGGCUUCAUUCCGGCCAACUACAUCAUCCGGGUGCGAGCAGGAGAGACGGUCUACGAGGUGACACGCUCCUUCGUCGGCAACAGAGAGAUGGGUCAGAUCACUCUGAAGAAAGACCAGAUUGUGGUAAAGAAAGGCGAGGAGGUGAACGGCUACCUGAAGGUCAGCACGGGACGAAAGCUCGGCUUCUUCCCCGCUAACCUGCUGCAGGAGAUCUGAGGAGGAGCAGCAGGCCUGGGGUCGACCCUCCUGCCAGCUCCUGUGCCUGCUUCAUCACCUCCUGCAGCUAAUAACCCUAUUUCUGCUCUGAAGCAUCAUUACAGUGACACGUUCUCUCCUCGUAUUCAUCACAUCACAGAGCACAAAUCUUAAAUGCAGGAUACAUUGUGACAAUCUAACAGCUCCUUCAUUUGCAGGGUCAGAUAAUAAUAAUCUAAGUUUUGAAUAAAAAGAUCUGUAAGACCAUUUAGCUGCUUUUAGAGAGUCUGCACAUUUGAUGAAGUUUCUUGGACGAUAGAGGAAAAGGUUUUUAAGAAACAGGCCCAGCUGCGCACGGACACUUCUAAAGCGUCUGAGGAUCUAGACUUUGGAACAUUUUCCAAAGGGGCUGCAUGUGAGAGCACAAAUGUCCCGGUCAGUUGUUUAGGACACUUUCUGGAACUUUUCCUCGCGGCCCCCCUCGUAAAACAUCCAGAUAAUGUCAGUGUGAGCUCAUGUGAGAAAACAGCAGGAAAAUGACCACGUGUUGGUGACGUAUCCAUCACACGACGGACCUGAAACCGAAAGAAAACAAAUGUCUCUAUAUCACUGAGAUUCUCGAUCAGGCAGCAUGAGACUGUCAUGUCCUGCCUCCUGGAGCAUCUACCCAGGCGCCACCUGUCGCCUGAGCGUUCAAGACAUGUCCCUGCUGCUGGGACAUCGUCCGUCCGACCAGAACAAUCUCACUCAAUGUGACUUUUUUGUUGUAAAGUGUAAACCUUAAAAACAGGUGUGUAACAGCUUAUGCUUCAUUAUUUUAUUAUUAUUGACUAUUAUUACCUUUAUUUUAUUUCAAUAGAUUAUUUGUUUUGACAUAAAAGGACUGAGUGUUUCUGUGUUUCUAUGCCUCUUUAACAUCUUAUCAUUAUUAUUAUAACAACUUCAAAUGUUGGGGAGGAGAUGAGCAAAUGUCUGAUGAAGAUGAGGGGGAGGAAUUUACAGAUCUUGUGAAGGAAGCAGAGAUAUUUUUUGUAUCUGACCCGACUGCAUUGUCAUUAGUCAAAGGAAGCACAGUUGGGACAGUUUGCUAUGUAAAGGGAGACGGAGGAAUGCAGGGAAUGGUAUCUGUACGUCUGUGGAGACGUCCAAGUGUUAAACACAGGCCUGAAUAACAUGGAACCAGACGAACAGACAGUUUCACUUCAGCUUCCUGUAAUUAGAACUUGACUUCUAAUUGCUGUUACAAAAGAAUCCUUACUUUCUUUCUAUGUCAUCUUUCUCUAUUUAUUUUUCUGGAUAAAAUUGAUUGACUCAGUCA